GUUGACAUUUCGCGAAAUGUUUUAUUUUUGUAUCAAAGUUAAUUAUGUCUAUAAAACAAGUUAUUUCUAUUAAUUAAGUGUUUCUAAAGCUUGUAAUAAGAUAAAGUCUUCCAGGAAACUUAAUAAAAAUGAUGAUAUCACGUUCAAAGCAUCGUUCAUCGGUGGAAGUGUGCUCUGAUUGCGGAGCAUCGGAUCCAUCAUGGGCAUCUAUUAACCGUGGCUUACUACUGUGUGCUGAAUGCUGUAGUGUUCACAGGAGUAUGGGAAGACAUAUUUCACAUGUUAAAUCUUUACGACAAGGGUCUUGGCCUCCUUCGCUUUUAUCUAUGGUGCAAGCACUGACAGCUCAGAAUGUCAACAGUAUAUGGGAACAUUCGUUACUCGACACUUCAGCUCCCAAACAUUUAAGGAAGAAACCACAACCGAAAGAUCCCCUUCACCCAAUAAAAUCUGAAUUCAUACUAGCUAAACACCUAAGGCUAGCAUAUGUGCUAAGAGCAAGAAGAGAUGAACCUCCAAGUGAGCUUGGAAGACAAUUACACAGUGCUGUGAGGAGUUCCUCUCUAGACACUGCUAUGAGACUUCUUGCCCAAGGAGCUGACCCUAACUAUUACAAUCAGGAGAAAGGUAGCACAUGCCUCCAUGUGGCUUGUCGUGCGGGACAGCCCUCGCAGGCCGAGUUGUUAGUGGCGUGGGGCGCCGAUCCAACAGCACGAGAUAGCACUGGCAACCCACCUGCUGACUGCGCUAGACAAGGCGGGCACUCGGAGCUGGCGGAGCGGAUGACGGAGCUGGUGUACGACGCCACGGACCGCAUGAUCCACUUCCUGACGGGCGAGCGCCCGCAGCACGCGGCCGGCCGGCACUACAUCGUGCCGCGCGCGCACGACACGCACGAGAUGACCGACGUCGCCAAGGCGGCGCGCGGGAAGCUGCAGCUGCUGCCGAAUCACCUGUUCGAAGAGCUCGUUAUGGACAUCUACGAUGAAAUAGAUCGCCGGGAAACUGAAGCUAUCUGGCAAACGAGCGCGACCGGGCUGGAGCGAUGCGGGGUGGCGUUCCUGCCGGUCAACCCCGCGCUGUCGGCGCCGCGCAACCAGGGCCGCCAGAAGCUGGCGCGCCUGUCCGCGCCCGAGCUGGCGGCGCUGCUGCGCGACGUGCUGCUGGACGCCACGCGCCGCCAGCGCCUCGCCACGCUGCAGCCCAGAGGUUUGUCCGGACCGUUAAAUCCGUUACUGUCGGCGAGUCAUCUCAAGCACUUUUCCCAAAUGUCCGAUGAUGAGCCCUUAUACGACUCGGUCGCGUCAGACGAAGAUUACGCCGCGCUUGCGCCGAUCGAUUUAGAUAUGUCCAGCGCAGACCCGCGAACCGGCGAGACGGUAUCUUCUACUUACAACCCUUCGCUACCGACUGAACAUUCCAACUUGGAGCUUCCUCGUACCCACUCCCCGAGCCCCGCACACAGCCUACCCGAGCGAAAAACCGAAAUCGAAUCGCUCAAGAAAGAACUAGACAAUCGAGAUUCCACCAUCACAGAACUAAAGAACCAGCUCAAGAACCUUCAAACGAUAGUUGAACAAUUGACGAAAGAGAACAGCGCCUUGAAGACCACCAGCAGUGUCGAUGACGACCAGAGUAUGACCUCUCAAGCAUCGAUAAACGAGAGCAACAACACUCUCGACCUGACUCCUCAAGAGCGAGGCCGGAGCCUGGAGACGGAACAGCUGACGUUGUCCGAGGACGUGGACGUGAGGCAAUCGCUAAAAACUGUUCAGCGACCGGUCAGUAUGUUUGAGGCUAGGGAGGGACCAAAGAAUAACUGGCAGGUUACUAAACACCAGCUAACGAGUAUCCCGGGGCUGGAGCGCUCGUUGACGCAGAGCGCCAUCGAGGGCGCGUCGUGUGUGGGAGCGGGCGCGGACGCGGAGGCGGACACGAGCGUGGAGGUGCAGCGGCGCGCGGAGGCGGUCACGCGCUGCAUACAGGAGCUGUGGGCGGCGGCGCGGCUGCACCGCUCCCGCCUGCCGGAGUGCGCGGAGUCCAUCAGAACCACCGUCGCGUCGCUGCUGGCUCUCUUCCCGCCGAGCGCGGCGGGCGGCGCGGCGGGCGGCGCGGCGGACGGCGCGCUGGGCGGCGUGCUGGAGCAGCUGCGCGCGGCGAGCGAGGCGGUGUCGCGGGCGUGCGGCGCGCGCGCGUCGCUGGACCGCGUGCGCGCCGCCGCCUACGACCUGGCCAAGGCCACCAAGCUGCUCGUGACGCACGUGCAGCCGUCCUAGCGCCCGCCGCGCCCCGCCUCGCUGUAGGCCGGCGCGCGGGCGCUGCUCCGCUGCUGCCUGGCGCUCCGCUAGAGCGGGGUGGCGCUCCGGCGGCGCGGCGCUCGGGGACGAUGUUCGAGUGCGAGACUCGCUUGUUAUUUUCCUCGUGUUCUGUUCGUGCGUGCGAAGGAAAAAUCUGAUUAGUUUAGUGGUGAUGCAUUCGAUAUAUUUUAUUAACCUUGAUGGGUUGUCUACGUCCGAUGUAUUAAAAUGUAUUCGCUAGGAACUUUGAUAAAAAUGUGCUAACGGGCGUGUCUAUUGAGAGAAGAUCGAAGAGCCCUGAAUUUUUUUUAGUACUUUCCAUUUUUAAAUGUUUCUUAAAACUACCUUUCACUACUAUUGAUUCAAGAAAAAAUAUUGACUUUCAUAAAUGUCCAUGUUCUCACAAAUGAACAAAACUGUCAGCCCAAAAUGUUUGUUAUUAUUCGUCGUCUAAUAAGAUUAGUACUUUAUUUUUAAACUGUUUGGUUUUAAAUAUAUUUCAAUGCAAUAUUACGAAAGAUUGCCACUCUGAUUAAUUUACC